AUGCUGCUACGGAUUAUAUUAAUGAUGACAUUGUGCUUUUGCUUUGCCAAGGCUGUGCUUAGCGGAAACGAGCUACAUCGACGUGAGGUGGGCUUUGACAGCUACGGCCCACCGCCUAGGCAAGCACCACAGUACGGCCCUAAACAAAAUCACCUACGACUUCCUGAGUACGGCGUGCCACAGCAGAUUCCCUUCCGAGAGUAUGGUCCGCCGGCAUUGAAAUAUGACACUCCUAAGCUAACAUUUUUUGGUGGUGGUAGUGGACCAUCGACCAAGAAUGGCUUAUAUGAGCAAAUCAAAAACCAUUUUGGCAUUCCCAAGCCCUUUUACGGACCACCGCACGUACAUCAUAAUCCAACACUAGAGUAUAGCUUACCGCCACCCGCUCAUUAUGGUCCACCAGCGCAGCCCCCUUCACAGUACGGUCAACAGCAUCACUUAGUACCACAGUACCGGCCGCCAUCACAAAUACCACAAUUUUCUACAUCUCCUGCCGCACCACGGCCUUUACCCUAUUCCACUCAGUUGUUUAAACCAUUUCAUCUGCCAGCAACGUCUUACGGCCCACCCGCCUCCGGACCAUUGAAUCUGCCAUCCAAGUCAGUUUACGAAACACCACCAAACUACGGCCCACCACCGCUGCCUGUCAAUCUACCUGCACAUCAAUCCGAAUCCUUCAAUCGUGUGCCAGAGACAAGUAUUAUAUAUAGUACUUUUGACCUACAGCGUUUACCAAGCGGCCCAGGUGGUAUUUCCUUUAAGCAUGCGCAGAUCCACGUUGAUACUUCUGGACAUACUCACAGCGUGACUGGCUCGCUGGCCCCCUUUCACACUGCAUGUGAUGGCUGGAAGCCAAUUUCAGCGCCCAUAGGCACCUUAAUUGAAGAGAACCGCAUUGAUACCCUAAGCGGUUACAGUCAUGUCGGCCAGGGCCAGAGCACUGGCAAUGUGGCUGGAGCCACUGACGACCCCAUUGUUGACGGGCUUUCUGACGAACAACUAGUGGCAGUCGCUCUACAGGAUGAGGCCAUUAACGGAAAAACAGAUGCAAGCAGCAAUGGUCUUCUGAACAUCAUUCACUCUGAAGCUUUGCAAAACUCCGAAGGCUCAAUUGAUGAUACUUACUCUAAGCCACCAACAGAUUCAUUUGCGCCGGGUACUGUGCAUGACCACAAAUAUCAGACUAUUGGUAGCAAUCUUGGCGCCACUGUACCACUAGCACAAGGACCGACUCCGCAUAUUUCUGCUCUUACAAGCAGCUUUGGUCAGUCCCAAACCCACUCCCAUUCCAACGUAAACAUUCAGUACAGCUCACCAUUUGGCAAUCCACAAUAUGGCGUUGGGCUUCCUAAAUCACCAGUAGUCUUUCGACCGCCCGUCCCUGCCGGUCUUAUCGAAUCUAUAGGCGCCACAGUGCAGCAUCUGGAUCAAUUCGGCGAAAAGCCACCGCAGCAGACCCCCACAUAUAUUCCACCUGCCGCUAAUGAAAUUGCAUUAAGUGAUUCAUCAUCUUCAUCGCAGGCCGUUAACAGAGCGCCCCUGAAGCAGCAGACACCACCGCAAAUUAUUGUACAGCAGCAACUGCCGCGUCCGCAAUAUGGACCCGCCUUUGCACAUCAGAAGCUUGCUCACUUCCAGGAGUAUGGUUCUCCAGCUCUAUUCAAGCUACCACAGUCUAACUACAUACCCCCACCACCGAAACCACCGGCAGCGCAGCAAUAUUUGUCAAAUCAACCGGCUGAAAAUAUCCAUCGGAAGAACGAGCACGCAAAAAACAGCUAUAGCUCGACGUAUACACCACCGUUUGUCCAAUCGCAUGCACUACCUUUAACGCAACAGGUUCAACAGUUUAACCAACAAACAGUUCUAUCGACAGGGUGUGGACAAGGUCCAAACCUAGUCAGCAGUACCGGCUACCAAGUGCAUCAACAGCAACAAUUUAGCAGCGUCUCGGCGGCAUCCUCUGACGCCUAUAAUGCUAUUGCACAGAGCGUCCCUGUGGCUGAGCAGCAUACACAGUUUUUAGCCGGCCCCGCCGACAGUUACGGCCCACCACCUUCGGGGAACGAAAUUGAUUUGGAUCCCUCCGGUUAUGCCUCACAAAGGUCAGCAGUUCAGGCACUACCAGAUGGAACAGAUCCACAGCAGCUACCGGGUCUAAAUGGCUUGAAUGUGAUCUCUGCAAAAAAGUCGCAAAGCAUUCAAUUAGGUACAAGUAGCGUUCAACCAGCUCAGCACUUUCAAGUUCAGUUUGGCAGCCAAUUAAUCAAGGUUGGUGACAACCAUGGCAACGGUGCUGCCCUUAGUGAGCCAAAUGCGAAUCAUGAGGAGAUCCUGUCACAAGGUCUACUCCAGUCCAUACUAACUGCCAUUGAACAACCGCAAUUGUCGUCGCCACUUCCACAGAAUCACAGUGCGCAGAGUCGCUCUGAUGACCAGUAUCACGACGACAAAAAGCAGAAUGCGGAAGAUGAGCAGCAUGAAAAACAGCAACAUAAUGUAAACGUUGAAGUACGCGUGUCACCCGGAACAAAUGACAAGGGAAUGGAACUGCAAUCAAAAGGAUUGGAAAUUGUGCCUAUUUUUGCUGCCGAUUUGGAGGAAGAGACCAAGCAUUAA